AUGGCGUACGCUCGAACCGAUAUUCAAUCUGACUCAGAAUGGGCUUAUCAAAUGGAUGAUCUCUCAUACGGUCGAUACUUCGUUGACACAGAAGCCGACUUAGCCCAUCCAGAAAAGCUAAAUAUCGAAGCUGAAUAUACCUCUGGUUCUAGCUCUUCGAACUCCAGCUCCGCAAACUCUAGUUUCGAUCUCCCCUCACGACCUAACGCUCAGUCGGUUGCUGUAACUAGACAGCUCGGAAACCGUGAUAGACACUCCUGGGCAUAUUGGGAUAGUUGGAAGCUACCCCCAACAGUAGUGAAAUGGGUCUUAGUUGGGUUCCUGUUACUCGCCCCUAUAGGUCUUAUGAUUGUUGGCUGCCUCGUUACUCCCCAGACCAGCAAGGACCACAUCGAAAAGGAAAGAGUGGUAAAUAUCAACACCACGAAGCUCAACUACGAGAAUGCCAUACACCAACGCGCCGCGAUAAUGGCUCUACCCGGCAACUCUUCCGGGAUCUCUCUGUCUACAGCCACCGCUGUUAUUUAUAUCUUCACGGAUCCUGUACGAACUACAUUUUUGACCAAGGCCCGUGUCGCUACGUCCACAAAUGGUGCCUUCCCCGCCCCCUCUCCCUCUAUGGGAGUGACAAGAAAUCCAAGCGACACAUUGAAUACCGCCUCGGACAAAUCAACUAGAGAGAGGUUGUCGCAUGCUUGA